CGAUGUCAAAUGAUGAAGGGAAGAGGGGAGAUUCCAAAGGACGCAGGGCGGUAGAGACAGUGUGUCCGAAUUGUAACACUGAUAUAAUGCAUUGGGUGCACUUUGCUGCUGCAGGAGAUAUUCCUGUAUUUGAGAAGAGGGAGUAUCCCGUGGAUAAGAAAAUCAACAAAAAGAUUUUCAUUUACGAUGGAAGUGUUACAGAUCUUGAAUGUGAAGCUGUCGUUAUAUCUGCAAACAAGAAAAUCAGUAUGCAAGAACAAGGACUCGUUGCAAAGUUAGCGGGGGAAGGAAUAAUAAAGGAAGCUAAAACAGAAUCUAAGAAACACGGUCCUUGUGAGGACGCAGACGUGAUUGAAACAGGAGGAUACGACCUCCCCGCCGAACAUGUGCUUCAUGUAGUUAUACCGACCACAUUCAAGGCUAAAGAAGCACAGUUUAUAUUGAGGUCAUGUUAUGUUAACUGUCUUGAUCACCUACGUGAGAAGGGAUAUAAAUCUAUCGCAUUUCCUGCUCUGGGCUCUCAGACUCUUAGAAUAUCAAAGAAAGCUGCCGCUGAGGUUGCGUUGGGAUCUAUAAGAGCUUGGUUAGAAGAUAGAGAAAAGAAAAAUGACGUGGAUAUCAUAAUUCUGUGUCGUUUUGAAAACGAGGAUAAGGACGUUUAUGAUAAAUACCUUCACAAAUAUUUUCCGGUACUGAAGUGACUGGAAAAUACUGAUCAGAAGAGAAGUUAUGACAACGCAAGAUAAAACAAAACACAGUUAAAACAGCUCGAAGGCAAUACUAUGGUUAGACCGGCGCUCUACCGGCGCUCUACCGGCGUUCUACCGGCGUUCUACCAGCGUUGUGCUCCCAUUCUAAGACCAAAAUAUCUGACAUGAUUAUUGACGAUACAUUUCUUUAUAUUUAUUUACUUAGCAGGCUACCGAAAAUAUAGGGUGAAAUGGAUACAAUUCAUGUCAGUGCUACCUUUAAAGCUUUAAUGAUCAAUAUGAUGAAAUGAAUGAUAUGAACGCAAAUAUGAAUAUCCGGCCGUCGGUCGCUGAUCCCUUCAACUGCAAGGUUAAGUUUUUUUAAAAUCUUUCUUUGCCAAUCAUAACCUACACCUAUAUAUGUAGUAAUAAUUUUUGUAGUGACUUUAUACAACUGCAUAUGUAUAAUUAGUAGCAGUGCCAUUCACUAUUCAUACUCUCGGGUUUCUCUAAUCAUGUUUUGCAGAUUUACAUCUGUAACUCCCUUGUUAUGUAGUUCAAUUAGGACAAUAACUAUACCUAAGUAAACACGAUCGAUUGAUUAUUGAGUUAAUAUUACGGUCGGUUUAUUAUUAAAUUAUUUUUAAGAUGGUAAUACAUUGAAAGUGAUACGAUAAAACACAUGUUUAAAACUUUCAUGUGAUCCUGGGUCAUGAGUUUGUGAAUGUGACCCUAUGAGGAUGCUCAUAGUCAUACUCAUAUAAUGUACUCAAUUAUAUACAUCAGCAUGUCUCAAUUUAAACGUCAAUUUUAAUUUAUUAAACUCUGCAAUAUUUUGU